AUGUCUUCAUCUCGACAGCCAGACAUUCUCCAACUCUAUUAUAUACCUCUAUUUCGAGUACGAGACACGCCUCUCCGCUCCCUAUAUCGACUCUACGAGGACCUCUGCUCUAAGAACAUUAUCAUGAUGAGCUACGAAUGCGACUACUACUUCUAUCAUGCUGAGGCACGUUGGCAGCUAUGUCGUAUCCCUGAUCCUAUGGAGCCGGACCCUACGAGGUACGCAUUACUGGCUAGCUUCGCCGAAGCCCUCGUCUCUGCUUUCAAUUGGAGGCUGGAGCUUGGAUUGCAACGUGAUGGCACCCAGAUUGAGGGCCAGGAUCCAAUGAAGGUUCCGCUCGAAACAGCACCUCAAUGGGCAAGCAAAGUGCGUCCUCUAGCAGAGAAGCUGGAUUUGCGGCCCCACGAUGAGAAUAGCUCUGAUCCAAUAUUUCUGCAGAGAAAUAUUCUGGCAUCGACGGGCUAUUUAUUCUGUGUGUGA